CCACGGGCCGCAGGGCCUUCGAUUGGGCAGCUUCGCGGAGGAGUGGCCGGAAGAGGCGAGGCUGAUUGGCAAGCGCGAGGUGUUCUGGAAACAUGGCGGAGCAACCGAGGAAGCGUCCGUGUGGCCCGGGUGAAUACGGCCAAAGGGUUGAAUGGCGAAAAUGGAAGCGGCAAAAGAAAGAGGAGAAAAAGAAGUGGAAGGACCUCAAGAUGAUGAAAAAACUGGAGCGGCAGCGGGCCCAGGAGGAACAGGCUAAGCGCCAGGAGGAGGAGGAGGCUGCCCAGAGUGAGCAAGGACGGCCUUACACUCUGAGUGUGGCCCUGCCAGGCUCCAUCCUAGACAACGCCCAGUCACCUGAGCUUCGCACCUACCUGGCUGGCCAGAUUGCUAGAGCCUGCACCAUCUUCUGUGUGGACGAGAUUGUGGUGUUCGAUGAGGAGGGCCAAGAUACCAA